AAAGCUAAGCCUGAAAUACAUAAAUGGACUAUCAGACAACAGUUCCAAAACUUGGAUAUAUUUCACAGGUUUUAACCCGCUGGUAAACUCAUAUUUUUAUAGACUUUGUAUUCUUCAUGCCAAUGUCUGUUUUGUCAAGGUUUGAUUGUAUUUGUUUAGUAGUCAUGUCAGUGGACUUACAAUGCAGCAGUGAGAAUACAGAUAUUAAGUGGCACAACAGGUAGUUAUUGUCCAAGUUCACGUUGUUAUUGUGUGUUUAAAUAACGCUUUCUCUGUUUCAAGUUCAAACCCAACUAAAUUGUGCUUUACACUGAGCAUCUGUCAUAAUGACCACGACAAUCAAUGGACUCUGGAAAAAAACCCAAACAAAAUGGGUCAGAAUUCACCAUGAACAUCCACGGACCUGCAGUUUGUCCGCUAGGAUAACUGAUGACAGUGUAAAAUUUAACUGUACUUGAAAGUUGAGGUGUAGUUACAGAGUGUGCAUUAGUUAUGCAAUUGGAUCACUACCUAAAAUAUUUCCUAUGUAAUAGAGAUUAAUAUGACAAGAUUUUAAGUACAUGUAGCUUUAUGUUACUGCUUAACAAUUUUGUUGUUAGGUUUUUAUAGUUAUAUAGCAAGAAAAACGUUUGCGUUUGCAAGAUAUAGAAAUGGCUAGACAUUAUGAAUAUUAACUAUAAUAUUUAAUAACAAUAAUGUAAUAUCCAUUAAUGUGUUAAUGUUCAAUCUAUUUUACUCACCAAAUAAACACUAAUCAAUAUUAAAUAUGUUAUUAAUAAUCAUAUAGUUAUACAAAUUAAUUUUAUAUCUAUUAUACUAACCAGCAUAUAUAUAGACCUAUAUACAUAUAUCUGUUAUAAAAUUAACUGAUAUAUGUAUUGCAUAGUAGAUGUUCCUUUUUAUAUAGACCACAAAGCCAGUUAUUAAUUUUAUCAAAUCCAUAUUAGCGUUAUUAGUGACACUAUUUAUUUUAUUCAGUUUCGGUUAGUUUUAUUUACUUGUGUGCAUUUUGACAGAUUUUUAUAAACUUUUACUCUUCGCUCUACAUCAGCUUUGUGCUAAAGAUUUAAAAACGCAAAUAUAUACAGAGCAACAUAUAUUUAUUUCUGCUUGAAAGUUGAGUACAACUCAACAUUUUAGAACCAUAUGAACAAACCAACAAGAAUUGAAAUAAGCAAGGAAGUUUUACUGGCUACAUGCAAGUAGAGAAAUGUUGUACAACACUUUGAUUGAUUAGUUUUGGUUCUUUUGUGAACUAAAAGAUAAACUUUUCCUUUUUUGGAUGAGAGCACAGUGUAUGUUUUUGAGUUAGUUGUAAGGGUUGACAAAUACAUGUACAGUGCACAGUUGUUGCCUGCGUAGAACUGCUUGUUCCAAGUUGAAGCCUUCAAGACAAUCAUUACUUUUUGAUGCAAUUUUCAUCAUUAUCAGAAAAUGGGCAGCUUUUUUACUUUGAUUCCAACAAGCAUAUAUGUAUAUCACUUUUUGUUCAUAUGUUAACUUGUUGAUGUAUUUUUAUCAAAGAGCUUAGGCGCCAUACACCUCUCUGAGGGCUUAACAGGAUCGGCUGAGAUAACAAUAGAACAAACAACAGAAACAAUGAGUCUAGCCCUGAAAACAAUAGAGGUGUGGGAAACAGAGAAUGGAUGAAAUUACAGGCUCUGAAGAGAUGUGUGGCAUCUGAAAGAGCCAUUCGACACCAUAUUAUGUGUUGUUUGCAUUUUAAUGCAAGUAUAUUGCAUGCCUAUGCAAUUAUUGCAAAAGGUAUCCUAUAGGAUUAAAUUUAUAUUUUGAAAAUUCUGUCGCUCAUUCAUGACAAAAAGAAAAAUCUAUUUCAGUCAGUCAAGACAACACGGUUCUAUUUUUGGCCAUAUUUAAUCAUCAAAGCAUAUCUAUUGAGAUUAAAAUACUUAUUUUCUUGUAGAAAUUGAUUCUGAUUCAAAUUAUCUCAUGGUCCGUGAUAAAUUGGUAUUUUUGAUAGUAGUAUUUUUGUUAUGAUCAUACAUAUCCUCCAUUACAAGCAGAUUUUAUUUCUGUGCAAUCCUGGUGAAACAAACUCAGUUUUGGAGCUCUGGAUAAGAGAACCAAACCUUAUGGAGCGGACUAUUUCACCAGUGAAGACAUUAACUACGAUUUGUAAUAAAAAAUGUGAAGAACUAACUUUCUGGAACUGAGUGCGUUUAAUGGGGAUUAUGCAGUAUAAAUGAACUUGUGCUAAUCCGAAUUACUGUUUGAUCUAUCUUUUAUUACAAGCUGUAGGUGGUCAACGCUUGUAACAUACUUAAAAGAAAUAUAAAUGGCUACUGAAUAUAGCUGUGUGCUUAAAUAUUAUUAAAGUUAUCAUUAAUGGCAAUGCAAUCUCAAGUAACAUAAUGCAUCAUAUAUAUUAAGCUAAAGUAAGGGGAGUCUACAUAAAUAUAUACAUGUAUCUUAUUCAGCGACCAGGGUUAAGGAAAAUAUAAGAUGGUGGUGGGCACAUUCAUUUCUAUACCAAUGUGGUAUUUUAAGGGUAAAUUGUAGAAGUUGGGUUGUUAUAUUUUAAAAUUAGACAUUCCAGUUAAGGGUAUUUAUAAAUUAAAGGACAUAGUAGUAUUAAGAGGCUUUUAAGAACUUCAAGUACGUUACUUGCCAUUAAUAAUUAUUGUGCAUUGAAUAUAAAAUUGAAUUUGGUAAUAAAUAAAGGAAUAGUGUUUUGUGGAAGUAUCAAGAAAAGCUGUAAAUGGGAGUACGGAAUUUGCUUGAAUUGCAAAUAAUGUAGUGGAGUUACUGUAUUUUUAGCAGAAAGGUUAGGAAAGUUUUACAGGAUAGAGGAAGUUUUUAUAUUAAAUUAAUUGAAUUCAGAGUUAUUUUUGGAGCCAGAAAGGCAUGAAAGAAUUGGUAAAGGAUGUUUGUAACAGAUGAGAAGAAAAUGAAAGUUUAAGAAUUUGACCAAAGAAGGAACAUAAAAAAUACAUUGUAAAAUGCUGCAUUGUUACUUUGUACAAGAAAUAUUUGCUAAUAAAAUAAAUGUUUCAUUUACCUGUAAGUUUUAUUCUUGGCUUUCGUUAAUUACCUCUUUCAAUCAGAAGACUAUAGCCCAGCAUUUCUGUCAUUCCUUUCACCAUUAGUUAAUUGUCAUUGUCACAAUUUUGUUAUUCUUUUAUGGAGGCUGGAUCUGGCUGAUCUGCUGUUUGGUCUUUUUGCUGAUGCAUAAUUUUUGUAUUCACAAAGGUUGAUUUGUAUGUUCCAUUUGAUUUUUAGGCUAUAAGAUAACUCCAUAUAGAGAUCUGAAGAGGCCAGCGGGCUUGAAAAGAUCAUCGUCAUUAAGAACCCCACGGGGUCGACGAGACAGUGGUUCUAAUGACACUGGAGGCCACACACCAUCUCGUGAUCGCCAAGUGCGACGAUCUGCCUCAGUUAAGAGCACUGGCAAGGAUCGAGGAAUGAGCCCUGGUCCUCCAGCUAACAGGGUGAAUGGACACAGCCCAAGAUCAGCUGGUGCCAAGUCACCAAGUGGAUCCUCUGGAAGAAGGACUCCAAACACUGGUCAUGUACACCCAAAUGAAGAGUUGUACCCAGCCAAUGUCUUUGAGAAGGAAUCUCCAGAUUCAGCUAAAGAUCCCAAGAAGAUCAAGAGAGAAAGAAUAUCAGUUCAUGGAUUUUAUAGAAUAGGAAAAGUUAUAGGAGAUGGAAACUUUGCUGUUGUUAGGGAGUGUAAAAAUAGGUAUGUCUUCCUCUUCAUAGAAAAUGUGAAUAGAGAUGAUUAUAUAUGUACAGCAUUAUUUCAAUAUGCUAAUGGAAUAAAUUUUCCCAAACAUCCUGGCUUGACAUUUAUCUGUCUAAACAAAGUGCUGGUUUUUGUGGGAGGGGUCGGGAAGGAGGAAGAACCCCGAGAAAAACCCUUGGUUGUAAAUUAUUCAGACAAUAGAAAAUCCCUCAAGUUAGCAGACUUUGGUUUAGCCACCGAGGUCAAAAGCCCAAUGUUCCUUGUGUGUGGAACACCAACAUACGUCGCACCAGAGAUUUUGGAUGAAUCAGGAUAUGGACUGAAGGUUGACAUUUGGGCAGCAGGAGUUAUAACAUACAUUCUUCUUUGUGGAUUUCCACCUUUUAGAAGUCCUGACCAGGAUGAAUUGUUUGACUUAAUUCUUGCCGGAGAAUUUGAAUACCUGUCACCAUUUUGGGAUGACAUCUCGGAGUCAGCCAAGGAUCUUAUAAAUCAGAUGCUCAUCGUGGAUGACAAUAGAAGAUUUUCUGCCCUUCAAGUCUUAAAUCACUCAUGGAUAAAGGGUCACACAGCUGGAGACAAAGAUAUUCAUGUUAAUCUUAGAAUGGAGAUCACAAGAAAUUUUGAUCCACGGAGAAGGUUGAGAGGAGCUGCCAUUGCUGUACAAACGGUAAAUUAUUUUUCCAAGAAACCUCACUCCAAAUCAAAGAAGCAGUCAUUUCAGACAGACAACCAAUGGCUUAUUGAGUCCAAGAAAGUUGUCUUCUCUGAUGAAGUGCUCAACAUGCCUUCGCAAUCUAAUGCUGCUCAUGAGUCGCAUCAUGGGUCUGAGGGCAGAUUGCACUUUUGUGAUAACGCAUGGCAAAAUAUAGAAAAAUUGACUGGCAGUGAUCUGCCAUACAGACAUGUAAGUAGUCCUGAUAUGCACACUCCCACUGAGCAAAUGCAGGUUGGGAUUUCUGAUUUAGUGCUAAAUGCUGUGAGUGAAGAGAGUGUUCUUCCACACCAAACAAAACAUGGUUUCUCAUGGUCUGAGAGUAACCGAAAACCUGUGUUGAGGGCAAGGCAAGAUAACUUCAGUUUGCAUGCGAGUCAUGCAGUUCAUGAUCCCCACGAGGACAGCAAAGGUAGAACAAGAAAAAGAUCUCAUGGUGCAAGGGUGGUAUCUAAAGAUGGAACACCAAUCGAUCGGUUUCAUGUUCCCCAAAUUACUCAAAAUGAUUCCUUAAACUUAGGACAAUUCACUGAAAGGGAUGUAGUUCUUAAGCCAGCCUUGACAGGUGAAAGUACAUCUGAUGCUGGUACUGGACAAACUCUUGAUUCUGCAUGUGAGAAAGCCUCUGAUACAUCUGAGGAAAAGAAAAUCAGUAUCACUAAUUUAACUCAAGAACUUAAAAGACUGAAAAUGAGUCUAUCAGGUGCAGCUAAUGUUGCAGUUGAAGUUUAGGAUCCACUAAGCAAAUUUUAUCCAAACCGUUUAUGAAAUUGUCGCUUUGUAGAUGUAAAUCUUAAACUUUACUGCAAAGGAAGUUAAAAAAAUAUGCUGAUAGUAAGAUUACAGUUAACUUCUUAGAAGUGGUUUAAAACAGUCAUAACAACAACCAACAUUUAAUUUUUUCCUGGCAUAAGGUUUUCUUAAGUAGCAUAGGCUUGCAAUGCAUGCAAAAGGCUUCACCUACUUGAGCCACAGUACAUUUUGAAAGAAAUAAUAACAGUGAUAAUUAUUUAUUAAUAGCCCAUUGUUUCCCAAGAGUGAUGAACUGUCUAAACUCUCCUUACAGUAUCAAUAUCAAUAUAUUGUCAAGACAACAGGUGAUGAGGAAAUAGGAAAUGAUCUAUGAAGGAUUUUUGUCCUGGUGUACCCCUAAAUUUUGAUUACUAUUUACAAGACGUUUAUGGUAUUCAGUAAGGAGAAUUUGAUAUUUUGAGCUUGGGAAAGUAAGGGCUAUGUGUUAAUUAAAUUGUAGAGCUAACUAAUUUGGUAUAGACUAUAAUUAGUACAUUUUCAGUACCCUGAAGGUAAAUAGGCAAGGCUAAAAACACUCACAUGAUUUGUAAGCUCCGAUAAUUUUUCUACCUUUGUAAAAAAAGAUGCUAUGCAAAGAGUAUUUUUUCCAUCUUCAGUUUAAAGUACAAAUUUUAUUUUCUUUCUUGUGGCAAUCCUUUGUUUACUGUUUUACUUUCUGGUGUGUAUAUUUCUUUGAGGAAAGCUUCAGUCUUAUUUUUUAAAACAAUGUAAUGCAAAGCAGGUUUGGAAUUUCUUUCUUCAUUUGACCAGCAGACUUAAUUAAAGCAUGCCAUAAAUAAAUGUUACAUACUCAACUGAUGGCAUAGCUUAAUUAGAGCUGGCUGAACAUUACUUCUGACAAAAUUCCGAAGUUGGAAAACAAUCAACCAGGGAUACUACAUGAUCUCAAAAAUUUGUAAGAAGCAAAAGUUCAAUUGGUUUUAUGAAGAGAGAUGUCAAUGGCAUUACUAAAUUAAUGUCCAUGACAAAAUUGCCACAAAGUUUUAUUUUCUAGGAAAUUGGCUUUUUACAAUAGUAGAGUGGUGAUUGAAGUCCAUUAUUUAAACCAAGAGUUCAGAAUGACUUUUGACCUGUUUUCAUACAUUAGUAGUAGUGAAAGACUUCCAUUGAAUGAUCUUUUUGAGUAGUUGUGCAUGCCAUUUCAAUUAAAUGUUUUGUUUAAAAAGAGUAAAAGAGUAGAAUAGUUAGUAUUUUAAUUAUAUUAGUGUUUGAUUGAUUUGAGUGUAAAUGUAAUUACUUUUGAUAGGGAAAUUUAGAAAUUAAUAGUUGGCAAAUAUUUUCUAGAGAAAGUUUGUACAAAGAUGUAAGUUUAUUGAUAAGUAAAUUCAUAAUACUAUUUAUUUUAUUCAUAGCCUUAAACGGUAAGAUACUAAAAAGCAGAUUUUAAGACUAAAUACUAUAAACUAAUAAUUUAUAACUUAAAAUAGAUUCUAUAAACUGCAUUUAUGCUGCAUGCUGCUGUAGUCUAAUGGAACAAAAUUAUUGUGUAGCUGAUCAUUUCAUAAAGGGGACAUUUUUUGUGAUCAUAUGUUUUCUUUUAUCACCAUUAGAAGUGAGUGCCGCAUUUGGGUGUUAUUUCAUGAUUUUUAGCUGUAUGUUCAUUAGCUGGUGGAAUGUAAGGUUUACGUUAAGUUUAUUUUAUCUGUGUCCAGAAUGUAAAUUUUGAGCUCAUGCUUAUUGAAAUAUUGAUCAUUCCGUAUGUAUAAAGGUUAGCCUAAAAGGUGGGAUAGGGAAGCUUCUUAGAUGCCAAUUAGAACCAGAUUGCUUAUGUAGGAUUUAAAAGUGUCAAUGAUCCAAUAUGUUAAUGAUCCAAGAGUAAAAUUAGUACUAUUUUAGCAGUUGGAAAUGGAUUAAUAAAUGAUUUUUUUAAGAUGCAUGUUAGUUGUAAAUAUGUUUUGUUCAGUUGCAUUACUGAGAAAUAAAAAAAAUCAAUUAUUUCUUUCAGCUGCAUUUUGGAGUUUGAGUUUGAUGGCGAUUUUAUGUUUGUUACCUUAAACAAAGUUUAUUGAAAAUACUUCUAUUAUGUCCAUAAAUACUGAAGACAUUUAAAAAACUACUAACAAUGAAAUUUGUCCAGUGGUAAAACAAAAUAAUUUUUGAUAUCAAAUUGCUAUGUUUUGUUAACUUAAUGACUGUGUUGCUUUGAAGAGUCUCAACUUUGAACUUGUUUCCUUUGUGAUUAUCUAAGAUUUUCACAUUUCAACUAUACUUGAAAAAGCAGCAACUAUACACUUUUUGGAUAAGCAUUUUAGAGAGAUAUUGAGAGAUAUUGUAGACUGCAGAUUACAGUUGCAUAUAAAUUGUGAAGGAGAGGCAAGAAUUUAAGGUCUUAGAAGAAAUUCAAUGGCUUUCCUUUUGAGUAGUUUGCUCUGGUAACUGAUCUCUCGCUUGUUUUGUUGCACAGAAAGGCAGGGAGAAUCCCAGGACAAAAGGCCCCCAAAAAGACCGUGAAGGAAGGAAAGCCCUUACACCUCU